AUGUCGGAUGCCCCAGGUAUCGCAGCAUCCGUAGACACUAUCCCGUUUCGCUCCUACACCAUCGCUCCGUCACCCCCGGUGCUGGCUCCCGGGAACCGAUCUCGGUCUCCGUCAGCCGUGCCCCUUGAAGAGUCGGGUCGCCUCACCCAGUCUCCCGACCACCUGGACCACACCAGAGAAACCGGCUUGAACCUGCAGACAGACCUUACGCACCCGGCCUACGGCUACGCGACGCCUGUCAAGUCCACGAGGCGCCCGGCGAUCUCGCUGCGGAACCAAUCCUCGGCUCAGUCGCUCCGGCCCAUCUCGAGGACCCCGAGUCUCAAAGCCGGCAUCUACGGUUCAUUUGGCUCUGCCUCGGCCGCCAGCUCCACCGUUGCGAGUCCGAUCAUUUCUGCCAUGGGCGACCUCACUCCGUUUCCAUCGCCCCUUUUGGCAGGCGACUCGCCAGGUCCGUGGAAACAGUUGGGUCGGAGGAUGUCGCGCGAGACUGCAAUGUCCCCGCCAGCUUCGGCGCCACUGGACUCGCACGACCAAAACCAUGUCGCGGGGACCGCGAAGAAAGGAUACACAGGCCUCACGUCGGGUCCUGCGCCCGCCGAUGGGACCAGCCAACAGCAAAACGGCAGACUCGCUCAGCCUCCGGUACACCACACGAGGAAUCGGAGCAUCAGCGAGUACAUCCCGGACCCCAUGUUGAUACCUAAGCGCAUGUCGACUAUGUCUGGAACCCGUGUCAAACCCGACCUAAAGAGCGCCGCCGAGGGACACUUGCGACGCGAACCCCACCUCUCCGAAGCGAGGGGUCUGACCCCCAUAGAGAAGCCACCCACACCGCCCCCGAGCGAAUCAUCACUGAGUACGACGGACUUGGCCCUACCUGCUAGCUCGGCGGCUAGUAGUAGCAAACAGUCAACGGCCGAGUAUUUUGAGGCCCUUGGCCGAUAUGACCGAAAGCGGCGCCGUUGGCGGGCCGUCAGAGUGCUCGGCCAAGGCACUUUCAGCCAAGUCUACUUGGCCACCAGCCAUAUAUCUUCAUCUUCCUCCGAUGAUGAGGAUUGCAGUUCAGGUACCGCCGGACAGAACCCGGAUCAGGCUUCGGCUCGGCAGCGUCGAUCCCUAGUAGCCGUCAAGGUCUGCGAGCACGGGCCCCGGGGAGGUGCAUCUGAGGACCGCAUCGAGAUGAGCCUGAAGCGGGAGCUCGAGAUCAUGCAGUCAGUACGGCACCCAUCGCUCGUGAACCUCAAGGCUUGGAACAUCGAGCCGUCCCGCGCCAUCCUCGUGCUCAGUUACCACCCCGGCGGAGAUCUCUUCGACGUGGCGACUCGCCAUCGCGACCUUCUCACACCAUCCCUCAUCCGCCGUAUUUUCUCCGAACUCGUCGGCGCCGUCGCCUACCUUCACGCCCAAAAUAUCGUCCACCGCGAUAUAAAACUCGAGAACGUCCUCAUCAACCUACCCCCAUCGGAACUCUCUCCCGAAACCGACUGGACAACGUACCCCUACUCGGUCGCCACGCUCACCGACCUGGGCCUCUCGCGGCGCAUCGCGCCGGACGAGAAGCUCGAGACCCGCUGCGGGUCCGACGACUACGCGGCGCCCGAGGUCAUCAUGGGCCAGCCGUACGACGGGCGCGCGACCGACGCGUGGUCGCUCGGCGUGCUGCUGUACGCGCUGCUCGAGGCGCGCCUGCCCUUCGACCCGCCGCCCGCGGGCCCGCAGGGCGUCGACCACGCCAUGCAGAUGCGCAUGCGCAGCCGCACCAGCCACCGCAUCGCCCGCGUCGAGUGGCGCUGGUUCGAGUACGGCGCCGCCGAGGCCGACGACGGCGAGGGCGACCACGAGGCCGAGCCCAAGAAGUUUGAGGAGAGGGGGCUGCUCGGCGCGAUGGAGGUUGUUGAGGGAUUGCUGAAGCGCGCCAGGAGUCGCUGGCCGCUGAGCACCGUCGGCCAGACGGAGUGGGUUGCUGGCGGCGUCCGUGUCGAGGGUGGUAUUAGGUUUCGGGAGGAGGAGGAGGGCGAGGAGGUAUGA